CUGUCCUCGUGUCCCCCACGGCGGUGGAGAGGGUGUCUCCUCUCAGCGGAGGAGAGCGGACCUCUCCUGCACCUGUCCCCCUCAGCGGCGCUGCCAAAGCCGGAAACCGUAAGUUGGAAACCGGAACUCGGCUUCACAAUGAGGCCUGGAGCGCAGGUGCAGCCGCUCAUUCCAUUAUCUGUGCUUGCCACCAUUCGCCACACAGGAAUUUCUCCUCUCGUUUGGCAAGCGGCUUUUUCAAGCCCUGACUUGGAUAAU